AUGUGUGACGCAGACGACCAGUCGCAGUUGCUUGUGUGGUUGGGACGGCGGCAAGUGUGUUACCUGGAGGACCCCGAGCUGGUGGAGAUCGCGUGCCGGCUGGAGCGCCUGCUGGCCCGUGGCGGGCUGGAGCAAUGUUCUUCAGGUUCCAUCCGAGUCGUCUUGACUGGGGUAGCUGAUCUCUGGGACACAGUCCUGGUGUUUAGUAGUUCCAACGCUGGUUCCUGUGCAGAGCAUGAGCGCUCUGGAAUUGGCACAGGACCAUAUAGUCAGCUGGCUUCUUUAAGCAGCCGAUUGUCAACUUUGGCCAUGCAAGGCCCUAUACAGGUGUAUGUGGCCAAGUACUCUUAUAAUCCUUUUGAGUAUUCCCCUAAUGAGAACCCUGAGGCAGAACUACAGCUUAAUGCUGGUGACUAUGUCCUUGUGCAUGGUGACAUGGAUGAGGAUGGGUUUUUUGAAGGUGAGCUCAUAGAUGGAAGAAGAGGGCUAGUUCCUUCAAACUUUAUUGACAGAGUUUCUGAAGAAGACCUGGUAGACUUCCACAUGGCUGUGGCUCUGGCAGAAGCAGGCAGCACAGACAACAGCAGCAGCAACAAACCACCACAUCCUGUGCACCUGGUGCUAGAGAGGCAGCUGAUGAGGAGCGUGCUAAUCAGCUGGCACCCACCUGAGGGCCUCAGUGCCAAAGCCAUUCAAGCUUAUCAUGUGUACCUGAAUGGUACCCUUAAAGCAACCAUUAAAGGCAGUGAGCGUACAAAGGCGUUGCUGGAAGACGUUGAUGCCAACCAGAAUCACAGAGUAAGUGUCAGGUGCAUAAGCACUCAAGGUCAGUCCAAAGAUGCACAGUGUACGAUGGUUAUUGGUCGGGAUGUGCUUCCUGUGCCUUCAGACCUGAGAGUCUUUGAUGUCACCCAAAACUCUGGUGUCAUCAGCUGGUUGCCUGGCAACAGUAACUGCCCUCAUGCCAUCCUCCUUAACGGGCAUGAAGUACAUGUGACAAAGCCAGGAGUCUCUCAGCACAUGCUGACAGGCUUGGAUCCUGGAACAGCGUACCGCAUUACCAUAGCAACAAAAUCUGCUCCAGGAGAAAAGCACAAAUGGAGUCAAGACAAAGUAUCCUGUAACAUAGAGUUCAAAACUCUGACAGGAGGUGGUGUCCCUGAACCUCCACUUAACGUCCAGGUGGAAUCGGGACCAAGGGAAGGCACUCUACUGCUGACCUGGCUCCCAGUAACCAUCAAUUCUUCAGGAUUUUCCAACGGCUCUGUUGUAACCGGUUAUGCAGUCUACGCAGAUGGAAAGAAAAUCCAAGAUGCCAAGGGUCCAACCAAUGACCAUGCUAUACUCAGUGCUGAAACUUUCAAGGGAACUGUUCCCAAGCAGCUGACAGUACGAACUGUUACCAUGGACAACCAGGAUUCCCUAGAUUCCAGUCCAGUCAAGUUGCCCCCUACACUUAUAAGAGAACUGACCACAGGCACUGCUCACACUAUGGCCUCCGAAGCUGUCCGCGCUGUGAAUCUAAGAAAGUCUAACAAAACUGCUGUGGGUUCUGGGGAACACAUGGGUCAUGAAACAGAUGAGGAGAUUGAGGCAGCAUUUCUGGAGGCUGAAAACUCUAGUCCAGAAAUUGACGCACAAAUUGCUGAGCCUUUUGCUGAAAGUAGCAGCUCAGAGCUCUCAGACAUACCAGAAGUGGAAGAGGAAAUUGGUGCUGAUGAGCCCAAUCAGAACGGGGAUUCCUCAUUGGCUAUCUCCCAGUGUCAGGUUGAGAAGGUUCAGAAGUCACCCAAACCUGCCCCACGGAAAGUUUCCCCCACUGGUCAGAUUUCAACAGCCGGGACAGAGUUUACUCCAAAGAGGUUUCAUGGACAGAAGCCAGAUUCUUCACAUACUUCACACAAGGAUGGCCUGCUGACAACACCCAUGAUCGUUCCAGCAAUAGAAAUUACACGGGAUAGCAGCACAGAAAGAGGAACGUCAUUUGAAGAUGACCUAGAAGGGACUGGCAGUCACCGCUCAUCUUCCCCACAUGGAGUAGGUCAGAAAGUACAGCAGCGGCAAAAGUCUGUUGAAGAUGGAAUUGAGAAACCUCUCCCAGCACAAGACCCUGUUACACAGCGGUACCGCUCAUCCCCUGAUCAGCCCUCAGCUUUCCGCAAUGUGGAACAAGGAAAGCACCGGACUGUAAAUCCUGAAGGCACAGACUCUGUUGCAGAUGCUGCAGAAUCAACCAAAAACAACAAAUCCAGAUCAUCGCCCUCUAAAAAGUCCCCUUCCCACUCUGCGAAAGAUGAAAAACUGUCUGGACUAGGUGCCCCUCCACCAAAACCUGCUCGUCUGUCCCCCACUGACCAAGAGGACGUGAAUGAUGGUGAUUCAAUAUCAGGAGAGAUCAACCCUACAGUAGAGGAUUCAGCUGUGCGCUUAUUUAUUGCCUUGUUUGACUAUGACCCUAUUACUAUGUCACCCAAUGUGGAAUUUAUUGAGGAAGAGUUACCUUUUCGGGAAGGCCAGAUUCUAAAGAUAUAUGGAGAGAAAGAUGCAGAUGGCUUCUAUCGAGGGGAAGCAAGUGGCCGACUAGGCUAUGUCCCAUGCAACAUGAUUUCAGAAAUUCAUAUCGAUGAUCCAGACCUGAUUGAUCAAUUGCUCAAAGAAAGUCAGACGACUGAUACACAAGGAUUGGCAUUACAAUCUGACAAAAUGGUGAAACGAGAGGAACAUGCCACACCAAACGGCUUGCCAGCAGUUCCAGUGUCUGGCCCUUUGGAGUUGGCAUUUAAACAAGGUGAUAUCAUCUACAUCGUUGGGGACAUGGAUGAAGAUGGCUUCUACAGUGGAGAGCUGGGGAACCUUCGUGGACUUGUUCCUUCCAACUUCUUGCAGGAUGCUCCUGAGGAAGAUGAAGAUGAGGUUCUAGAGAGUGCCUCAAUGGUCUCCCCCUCUAGAUCAGCAGGCAGCAUUUCAGCUGCCUCGCGGCUCUCCGACUCGGCAACAACAGUAAAUAACACACAGCGUCGAGAUCGCUUGUCUCUCUCACCCCCGAAAGAACGAGCAAUAAUACUCGAUACCCCAGCAGACUCACAGACUCCAGGAGCUACUUCAGCUCAGGGAACAGAUGAAGAAAAGCCCAAGAAAAAGGGAGGAUUCUUAAAUAAAGGACGCAGCAUCUUAAAGAAGUUUGCCAGGUAGCAUAUGGAUCAUGUUGCUUAAUGGUCGGUGGACUACUCCUCUCAGUGCUGGAAAUCUUACUCUGUGAUAACUGGCAUCAUUUCACUUUUUCUGCAGAGAGAAAUAGAAAAUAUUGUGAGUGACUAAUGGAGAUAAAUUACGUAUUUGGAAGGGCAUCAGAGAGCCGAUACAUUUACCAUCAGAUUACCAGAGAAACCUGAGACCAUUGCAAAAGUGUUUUAGAAACGGACCCCACUUGAAGGUGCUUCAACAUAACUUACAUGGACAAAUAAAUGAAUACUUCCAUUUGACACAAUUAUCAUCACUACACUGAUCGUUUGCCAUAUUCUUGCUUUCCAUGAAGCAUUUACAUACUGAUCCUGGACUUUUUAUCACCUCAAUAUCAUGCUCUUAACACAUCCUACAUCCAUUAGGUGAAAUUGUUUCACAUGACUCACUAAAAAGGCUUUGUCAUUCCACGCCAUACUACAUUUCCAAAUUUCUUGCAAUGACCAAAGGACCAUUCCCAAAGAAAGGAGACAAUGCCUGAGAUACAAAUCUUUGACCAAACAGCUCCUUUUACGGUGAUCAAGAUAGAAGCCAGCUGGACUUCAGUAGCUUUUUUUUUUUUGUCCCCCAAGUGAUCACCAAACGUUGCUAGUCUGUUCAGUUUUUUUGUCCAUGUACAUCACACCAAACAUUCUGAAGAGGAAGAGUUUAAAGAGAAAAGCAUGAAACCUGGUACGCGUACUUCAUGCUGAAUGUUAAUACCCGAGUAGAAGUGAUUAGCUUCAUUAGGCAAAGGUGUUUUCCCUACCACACACAAGCAAACAUUUUGGCUUUUUUUUUAAUUGGGUUCCUUUGCACCCCAGAAUGUAAGCCUAUCCCCUAAAUGUAACCAUUUUUAUGAUUCAUGAAUGUCAAGAAAUCUAUCAGGAUGCUGCAGUAGGUAACAGUUAUACAUAUGUUAAAUAGACAGCCAACAUGCAAGAAAGAUAACCCUAAUCACUGCAGUCUGCUGUCAACUGUGCAUGGAAGAGUUCGUAUUCCUCUCAGACUUGCACCCUGAAACAUAUAAAUAACAUUGUUCUGGAAUUUUCUGAUGGUGAAAUUGUUUGCAUGCACAGAAACAAGGACACAGUGAAAUUCUCCAGUCAUUUGAGUGGACUUCGCAGACUGCCUCAAUCAAGGAUAGUAAAUGGUUGUGGAAAAUUGACAAUCCACAUCGCAUGAAAGGAUGCAAAGUCACUCUUUUUGCAUCAUGGUGACAUGGCAGUAACUUUUGACUUGCCGGUCACCAGUCAAGUAGCUUGAUGUGCACUGCAGAAGAGCUUUCUUGUGUAAGAAGGUCAAAAACAAAGUGAGUGCCAGGUGUGUCUCAAGUGCUGGGAAAAUAUCUCAAGGGACAAAAUUCUGCUCGCUGGCAGAAAAGCUUGGAGUGAAAAAAGAGAAGGGAAUGAAAGUGUGCUGUUUCCACUGCACAAUAUUUUUUAUGGAAACCAAAGUGGCAUACAUUUUUAUAUCUCUGCUACCACAAAUGAUCUGUGAUAUUUUUAGUAAAAUAGUCGCACUUAAGAUGCUUCAUCCAGUGAUCCAAAGAGACGACCAGAAAAAAGUUAGAUACGUUAGAUCUAAAUAAGUUUUUCCAUGAUGGGAACAGAUUUUGUUCUUACAGUUUCCUAGCGCCUGUUAUUUUUUUCUAUUUCACUCAGCGCCAGUUAAGUAUAACAGUUUUAAGAAUGACAUUAGAAAUAGUUUCCUUAAGAUCUACCAAUUUCAUUCAAAAUGUGUAAGCUGCUUUUCUCUAUCAGUCCUUUACAUAAAUUUUGUGGGACCAGUUGGGUGAUGUACUUCCUAAGGCGUUUUAUCCUGCGUACUUGAUAUGAAAAUCACUCAAAAUAACAAUAGAGCAGUUUUUUCUACUCAUCAUAAAAUGUUUGGGUUAGUGACUCACAACUGCCCAUCCCCAAGUUCUGUCAAUGAAUAGUUACUCCCCUGUUUGUGAUAAAAUCACUUGCUGUCCUUGGUCGCCACAAUGUGUCUAACAAUCAAAUAUUUAAGGACAAAUGGGUUGUGUGUGGGUUGUGUGUAUCUGCUACCUCCCCCUUUUUUUAUUGAAAGCCGUGCCAUGUGAAGAUGUUUUGCAUGUUUCUGUAUAUGCACAUUUUAAUGUUCAUGGAUAUGAAAGAAUGGUGAAAGAAUGGUCAUCAGAAUCUCGUUCAUUUAUACAUCUGAUGAUGUGAAGGAUGAUCUGGAUUUUUAAUAUAAGGGUAUGCUGCAUGUACUUUUGGUCUUGUUAAAAAUGUUUAGCAUUAUAGUGUUUUUUAAAAGAUAAAGAUUGCUUCCCAUCAUGCGUGUGU